AUGGCCACCCCAAACGCAUCUCAGCCCUCUGCAUCGACGCCCGCUGCAUCUUCGUCUUAUGCGGCAUACCCAAUUGCUGCUGCGGGGCAAGGACCCCAGGCCAGCAGCUCUCAAGCGGGACCGUCAGCACAAGAGCGUGCAACGCGUGAGGCUGCUCGCAAGGACAAGAGCCUGGCCGAGUUCAUGCUCAUGCUUGACGAUUAUGAGCCCCUUAUCCCAGAUGAAGUGACAGAUUACUACCUUCAGCGGGUUGGCUUCGAUUGCCAGGAUCCUCGCCUGAAACGCCUUCUGGCUCUUGCGGCGCAGAAGUUUGUGUCAGACAUCUCCGCAGAUGCAUACCAACACGCCCGCAUCCGGAUGAAUGCGCAAGGCGGACGGACUCGCGGCAACGCCGGUGCAAGGGAUAAGACUCGUACAACGCUCACCAUGGACGACCUCUCGUCAGCUUUGGGUGAAUACGGCAUUAAUGCCCGCAAACCUGAGUUCUUCAUGUGA